AUGGCCAAUACAUCCAAAAAGUGUUCCCAAAUUCAAACAGGGUCAGCUCGAACAGUCUCAUCAUCCUAUGAAGAGGAGAUAGACCAGAGCAAUCCAGAUCAAAGUGAGCUUAGCGAAGAUGACUAUCCAGAAGGUGGAUGGGCCUCAUGGAGUGUGGUCCUCGGAAGCUGGAUGGCCUGCUUCGGAACAAUGGGAUUAAUGAACAGCGUGGGUAUCUUCCAAGCAUAUUUGGAAAACCAUGAAUUACGACAAGAUUCUACUGGAAAAGUGGGCUGGAUAUUUGGUCUUUACAAUUUCCUUGCCUUCUUCUGCGGCAUUCAAAUAGGCCCAAUCUUCGACGCGAAAGGUCCACGCUCUCUUGCGUUUAAUCCUGCCAUCUCGAUUAUUGCACACUACUUUAACAAGAGAAGGGGGUUAGCGACGGGAAUUGCAUCGUCUGGAGCUUCCUUCGGCGGCGUGGUUUUUCCAUUACUCUUUCAGCAUGUCGUCGUUCGAGUGGGGUUCGCAUGGACCACUCGCAUAAUCGCACUGGUUGUCUUGGUGGCAUUUAGCAUUGCCAUAUUACUCAUCCGAGCACGAAGACCUUCCAAGACAGCAUCGAUAGGAGAUAUCCUUCCGGACCUCACAAUAUUCUGUGAUAGGGCCCUCAUGCUGGCAAGUAUGAGUAUUUUCUUCAUGGAAUGGGGGCUAUUCGUUCCGCUCACCUAUCUAAUUUCAUAUGCCUUGUCACACGGGCAAUCGUCACAGUUUUCCUUCCUACUGCUAUCUUUAAUCAACGCCGGAUCAAUAUUCGGUCGUUGGAUUCCUGGCUAUUGUGCUGAUCGAAUUGGUCGCUUCAACACUUUGAUCAUCACCCUCUUCGGUUGCCUUCUUUGUACAGUUUGCCUUUGGCUUCCUGCCGGGUCUAGCAAGGCAAUCAUCGCUAUCUUUGCGCUUCUCUUUGGCUUCUUUAGCGGGAGCAAUGUGAGCCUGGCUCCUGUUUGUAUUGGACAAUUAUGUAAGCUGGAAGCUUUUGGUCGAUAUUAUGCAACUGCAUAUGCUAUCGUUAGUAUAAGGUAUUUGAUAGACCUUAUCUCGUUUGAGCCCUCCAGGCCUGGAGCAGACCUCUCAAAGAUAAUAGUGAAGCUGACACAUCCUGUGUAG